AUGGCCCAGAUCCUGGUGGCUGGAGUUCUAGAGGGUGACUCCGAGCAAGUUGAAAAAUUUCUCAAGAUGGAUGUCGAUCUGCAAGUAUUGACAGUGGCCAAUGAAGGUGCUAAACUCCCAUUGUUAGGGUUAGCGGCCUAUUUAGGCCAUCGCCACUUAGUGGCUCCAUUGGUGUCCGCAGGCGUUGAUGCAAAUGCCAGAGACAGCUCGGGCCUUACCCCGCUCAUCCAUGCAGCCAGGGAAGGCCACGGGAGAGUCCUCAGAGAGCUUGUUGAGGCUGGAGCCGAUAUCAACGCCACUGCAUCGGAAAAGGAAAUGCUACUUAAAUUGAAUAAUAAUCAUGCUACUGAUGCCACAGAAAUUAGAGAUAAGUUUUCUGAACACUUUGCUCGAGUAUCUGAAAAAUCAGAUAGUUCCCCAGGACAUCAUUUCAGAAUGAUGGAAGAACAACAGAACCCUGAAGAGAUGUCUACUUUGACAGGGAAUUCUGUUCUCCAUACCUGCACCAUGAAGUCGGACGAAGAAUCGGUGUCAUUCCUGCUGAGGCAAAAAGGAAUGAAUGUCAGCCUCCAAGAUGAUUAUGCCUACACCCCUCUGCAUGUGGCUGCCAUCGUUAACAGCGUCCGCAUCAUCAAUCUCCUGGUGGAUGCUGAAGCUGAUCAGAACCUGCGGACAGUGCACAGCUGCACUCCUCUGCACAUCGCCAGCAUGAGCGGAUCCCUGGAUGCUGUCAAAAGGCUCCUGGAACUGAAGUUUGAAAUUUACGCCGUGGAUAACGAAGGGCGCACUGCCUGCGACCUCGCUGAUGAACGGGGAAUAAGCAAAGUCUACUGGUUCUUCAUCAAAAAGGCUGGGCAGAUUGAAAAAACUAUUCUAACUCCUCCUCAAAAGUCUGAACAGAGCUACGCAGUAAAGUAG